AUGUCGACAUGUCGUAGAACUAUUUUAAAAAAUUCAAACACUGGUCAUACAUCCGAAAUAGUACAUGGAUUGUUAGUUGAUGAAGCCCAUUUGGAAUAUUCAUCAUGGGCAUCUUUGAUUGUACGUGUUUACAAUGACGGAGAAUUAGAAGUAGAAUGGACAAUUGGUCCAUUUCCUGCUGAUACGACUGGUCGUGAAGUCAUAGUACGAUAUUCAAUCGUUGGUAGUGAUGUUCAGUAUCGUGAUACAGGUAUCGUGGACAGUUAG